AUGGCGCCCUCUGCCAUCGAUCCGCCUGCACAGGUGCUGGGAGAGCUCCCAAUUCGCCGAGAGAAGACCUAUCCUGCAGCGAGGAUAUUCCCCGUCAAGGAAGUCCGCUUCGAGAAAUACACACCUCCACAGCCAGAUGGCAGAGAAAAGGCAUUGGCGCAACCUGCAGGCAGCGCCGCCAUAGUGAUUGACAAUGGCUCCUCUGCUGUUAGAGCGGGAUGGUCUUUCGAGUCGAAACCGCGAUUCAGCCUACCCCCGAUUAUGGCCAAGUACAGAGAUCGCAAACUGGGUAAGACGUACUCUUUCGCUGGCACCGAUUGCUAUGCCGACACGACCGCGCGUGGACACAUCAGGAAUGCCUUUGAGGCUGGCACAGGUAUCGCUAGCAACUGGGAUGUCAUGGAACAUGUUCUUGAUUGGACCUUCCUCAAGUUGGGCAUGAAUGCCAGCGAUGGCUCGAUCGAUGUGCCUAUUGUCUUGACAGAGGCAGUUGCAAAUUUGCCUUAUUCCAGGAAAUCUAUGAAUGAGAUCAUCUUCGAAUGCUACGGCGCGCCAUCUCUGGCUACUGGAAUCGACUCUCUAUUCUCGUAUCGGCACAAUAAAGGACACACGGGUUUGGUCGUCUCUUCGUCAUACAGCUCGACUCACGUCAUACCCGUUUACAAUCACAAAGCGAUGCUUGCCCAGGCCAUUAGACUCAAUUGGGGCGGUUGGCACGCGGCCGAAUACCUUCUGAAACUUAUUAGACUUAAGUACCCAGCGUUUCCUGGGAAGCUCAAUGCCUCCCAGGCCGAAUACAUGCUGCGCGAUCACGGACACCUCUCUCAAGACUACGAUAACGAGGUACGGUCCUACCUUGAUUGGACUGGACUUGAAGACAGAGACGUUGUCAUACAAUACCCCUUCACCGAAGAAGUCAUUGUCCAGAAGAGCGAGGAGGACCUUGCGCGUAUAGCAGAGCGAAAGAAAGAAAGCGGACGAAGAUUACAAGAGCAAGCACAGAAGAUGCGUCUAGAACGGCUCAUCCGCAAAGAGCAAGAGCUCGAAUAUUACAAGCAGCUCCAAGAGAAAAUAGCCAACGCCAACAAGAAAGACACAAAGCGCUUACUAGAUGCCGAUGACAUGAAGGACGAGACCCAUCUGGAGCGUACCAUCAAGGAAUUUGAAAAGGCCGUUAAGAAGGCCCGCAACAAGGAUCUCGGUAUUGAUGUCGAGGAAGAGGUAGAAGCUCCAGACUUCAGCUUGCUGGACAUGCCCGAUGAAGAGCUUGAUGAUGCAGGAUUGAAGGCGAAGAAGCAGCAACGCCUGCUCAAAUCCAACCACGAAGCACGUGCUCGUGCCAAGGCCGAGAAGGAAGCAGAAAAGGCUCGCAUCGCUGCAGAAGAACAAGCGGAUAUAGACCGCCGCACCAAUGAUCUCGAGGGUUGGUUAGAGGAGAAACGAGUGGCACGUGCCGACGUCUUGCAACGUAUGAAGGAGCGGGACCGACUCAAGGCUGAUCUCGGCAACCGAAAAUCUCUUGCAUCUCAAAUUCGUAUGAAGUCUAUCGCGAAUCUAGCAUCUGAUGGCCCGCGUGGCAAACGGCGCCGCGGCGGUGAUGAUGAUAACUUUGGGGCCAACGACGAUGACUGGGGUGUCUACCGGGACAUUGCGGUUGGGCAAGACGCCAGUGAUGACGAAGAAGGCGGCGAGGAGGAUCUUGAAGGGAGCCUGAAAUCCCUCGAGGAAGACCUGCUCCGCUACGAUACCAACUUUACGCACGACGACACAUUUGAAGCACAGAACGACUGGAGCAAAUCCCUUUUACAUGCAUUUGCACGUGGCCCUCGGCCGUUCAUGGGUUCGCAGGCUGAGAUCAAUCAGCUACACCUAAAUGUAGAGCGCAUCAAAGUGCCGGAAGUCAUAUUUCAGCCCUCUAUUGCUGGUGUGGAUCAGGCCGGCCUUCUGGAAAUUACCGGCGACAUUCUCAAUCAGCGCCUCGUUGGCAUUCCAGGCAUCAAUCGCGAUGUUUUCCUACGCGACGUAUUCUUAACAGGAGGCAACACCAUGUUCGAAAACUUCGACUACAGACUACGACAAGGUCUAACAGCACUAUUGCCAGCCGACAGUCCAUUGACUAUCCGGAGAGCAAAGGACCCGAUACUUGAUGCCUGGAAGGGGGCCGCAGGUUGGGUCGGAUCAUCUGGGUACAAAUCGGCUGUCGUGACAAAGGCCGAAUGGCAGGAGAAAGGUGGUGACUAUCUGAAGGUGAGUUCCGGCUGA